AAUGGAUACGGCAUCAGCAAUCGAAAAGCUUAAGAUAGCUCAACAGAUGAUCCAACAGAAAGAUUCCACUAUCUCUGUAUUACAACAGAAAACCACUAAGGCAGAACAAGAGCUGGGAAAGUACUUCUCUGAGUGAAAAGACCUCCGGGAGAGAAACCAGGCUCUUACAGACCAGUUCGAGAAGAAGGAGAACAAUUAUAAAGCUAGGGUUGAGGUACUUGAAGAUAAGGCCUUCAAGAGUGCUGAGAAUUUUGAGAAAGCAGAGAUUGAGCGAAUGGAAAAAGUGCACGCUUUUAAGCAAGUUGAGGAGAAAAUGGAGGAAAUGAAGAACCAACUCAAAAUAGCAAAUAAAAAGGUAAAGGAACUUGAGACCUCAGAAGCGUUAACUAAAUGGAAGUUCACAAAUUAUGAGACCACUAUUGACUCUUUGAAAACAGUUGAGUCUGAGCUACGCAAAGAGCUUGAUGAAUUAAAGAAAAUAAAUAUCCAUAAGGAGCAUAAAAUCUCUACCAAUAUUCAGCUGCAGGAUGAAAUCACUGAAGAGAAAAACUCUUACAAACUAAGAUAUGAUAAGUUAUUUAAACAACUGGGUGAGGCAAAGAAAGACAUAACUCAUUGGAGAAAGAGUUAUGAGAACUUAAAAACCUCAAUGAGAGUGCUGAAGAACCAGCACUCUUUGGUACUCAAGAAGAUUCAUCACAGUGAUAAAGUAAACGUGGUUAGUGAAAUGGGCUUCCAAAAUUUGGACCUUCAAAAAGAAAUAAAAGAAUUAAAAACUCAAACUAAACAGCUUCAAAGUGAGAAAGAUAUUUUGGAAAUGAAACUUGAAAAUAAAACAGAGUUUGCAAGAAGCUUAUCUGCUUUCGGUUCACAACCAGUCAUGUUCGAAGCUAGAGAAAGGCAGAAACAAGACCUCUUAAUGUCAGAUCCUGAUACUCAGAGAGAAAUAGACGUUUAUAAGGCCAGAAUGAAAGAACUCCAAAACAGUCAUGAAAAGACUAAGAAGAAGCUAAAUAGUCAGAUUUUAGUGAACCAAAAGAUGUCUUCUAAGGUAUUAAGCUGCAUGAAGAAGUUGGAAAAGAGAAAUAUUCUUCAAAACAAGUGUGAUUUCUAUUACAAAGAAAUCCAAACUCUUAAGAAUGAGAACAGGGAGUUGCACAAUAACUUCUCUGACUUGUUGAAAGAGAAUAGCUCGUUAAUCCAAGAACAUGCAAAGUGGAACAAGACUGCUUUUAACUUCACCGCUCCGUUUGAACUAGCUCUUAGUGAUGGGAAAGUUGUCAGAGAGACUUACAUUGAGUCACUUAUCAAAGAAAACGCUGAGUUGAAGAACAAGCCUACCCAGAAACCAGUCAUCGAAAUUGAUGAAGACCAGAAGACUGAAGAACAUAGAUUUGAGAGGAAAAGAACAAGAAAGGAAAGAAGCAAGCACAGAGAAGAAAGCAAAGAAUCAGUUAUGAAGGAGCCAGCCAACCUCAAAGUCAAAAUGCUUGAGAAGAGGAAGAAAGAACUUGAAGAUGAAAUGAUUGAGGUAAAGAAAAAUUAUGAGCAUGAGAAGAACCAAUUCGAAGUCGAAUUAGAAUCUUUUAAGAAUAGACUUGAGUCAACCUCCAAGAAUUACCAGGUGUUACAACAAGAGCUUGUUACGCAAAAACAGAAGGAGCUAGAGAAAAUCAGAGAAGUUGGUACUCUUGAGAGAGAAAAUAUUAAAUACAACAGUGAAUUAAAAAUGAAGCAAGACCAAGUUGAAGAUUAUAUCAUGAGGCUUAAGGAUAAAGAAAUGGAACGAGAAAAAUGGAAUAUUACUGCGAAUUAUUACCAAAAAGAGCUCAACGAGAUCAGAGAAAAGCAUAAAGACCUACUCAAACUUUUCAUGAAAACCCAAGAUGAAAUUGAAUCUCUAAAAAAUCCUUCUAUUCAUGAAGGAAAUGUUCAAGCUAUUGAGAUUCAUAGAUUAAAACUCAAGCUAGAGGGAUUGGAUUUGAUUAAUAAGCAGUUGAACCAGUCAGUUGUGACUUCAGAAAGGAUCAUCAAGCAGAUAGAGAUAGCCUGACUUAAGGAAAUUGAGAAGAUAGAGGUGGUCAUAAAGUCGCUUGUCCAAACACUGAAGUACCAAACCCAGCCAGAGUCAAAUCGCUUUGGAUCAAACAAAAUUGGAAGGCACAGUGCUGAAGAUCUUAUCGUAGAGAACGAGCAACUAAAGAACGCUAUAGAAGAGUCCAACACACUGGUAAUCGAGAUGAAAUCCAAGAUCACAGAGCUUACUAAGGAUAUGGAGGUGAAUCAGAGCAAAUUCCAGCUUGAAUCCAGUCAGGAAAGGAAGAAGGAAAAAGAAUUCUUCAUGGAAGUCAUCAAGAACUUCCAAGAACAAAGAGGCGGUAAUCUUCAAGAACUUGAAAAGAAGUGCUUAGAAAACUCAACCUUAAGAGCCCAGAUGGAAAAGAUUGAGGAAGAAAAUGAAAAACUUACUAAAAAGAACGAACUUUUGAACUCAGAUGUAAACACUAGACAGAGAGUCAUCACUGAACAAAUUCAGAAGAAGAAGGAAAUGCUUGAAGAGAACAAAGAGUUAAAGUCAAAAGUCAACAUGCUGUUCUCCAAAGUUGAUCAAUUAAAUCAAGAACAAGCUAAGAUAAAGGCUAAAUCUACCGUUAAUCUAACCGAAGAGGAAGAGAAAGAUAUUAAAAGUCAAUUCGCAGUCCUGAAGAAAAUAAAUCAAAAACAUGAGAAGGAAAUAGAGACCCUUCAGAAAGAAAAUGAGUUUUUGAAACAUAGCCUGAAAUCUCUUUCUGCAGCAAAGGAUAUAGAAGAGCCUGAGAUGGACUUGGAUGAGAUUCCCUCAAGAGACAUUGAGAAGGAAGAUGAGUCCUUGAAGGAGUUAAGGGAUCUGGUUACUCAAUCAUUCGAAAUGAUAACUAAUUCACUGAAAAACAUUAAUUUCAAGGGAAGCUCAAAAGCAGAACUUGAUUCACAAGUUAAGGAUGUAUUCAUCCAGCUCCGUGAUUAUAAGUCUCAGUUGGAGCAAUCAACCGAGAAUCUGCAGAAUUUCAAGCAGAAAGCACAAACAAUGGGGUCUCAUUUCAAGGAUGAAAGUGCUAGGUUGAUCAUGCAAAAUCAUGCUAGAAACCAGGAGAAUAGUCUUCUUAAGAAAGAGAUCGUCCAACUGAAGGGAACAAAUGCUCCAAAUAAUCCUCCAGACAAGAAGCUUGUUAGUAGGAUGUUCCAGGUGGUAAAGAAGGGUAAGAGAGUCCUAGAGAUUAAAGAGAAAUUGAAUCAGAACCAGAAGGCAAAUGUUGAAGCUAAAAAUGUCUCUAAAAGUUAA